AUGAUGAAGGCAUUCAGCUCGUUGGUUCUUCUUGCCGUUGCACUGCUCUCCUCCAGCAUCCUGGCUGCCCCUGCUCCGCCCCUUAACGAGGACUCUAUUACAAAAUUCCUUUCGAAUGCGAAUUUGGAUGGCAGCUAUAGUUAUGAUAUACAGCAGGCCAGUGGCCAGGUUCGAGCUGAAGAGGGUCAAGCAGGUGUAGCUGUGCGUGGCUAUUAUGCUUACACCUCACCUGAGGGUAUACCCAUUCAGGUGACUUACGAGGCCGAUGAGAAUGGUUUUCGUCCACAAUCGGAUGUUUUGCCCACUCCCCCACCCAUUCCAGAGGCAAUCCUGAGAGCCAUUCGAUUCAUUCAGGAGCAUCCCACACCCGAGGAGUUGGCCGAUCGUGAAGUGCGUCGUCAUCAGAUUUAG